CUAAGGCUUAUAUUUGGAAGGCGGGAUUAUCGGGGGCUCUUCCGGGAGCUGGUGUUUCACUUUAUACAUCCAUGAUUGUCAAACAUGGCAUCUCUUGAUCGAGUCAAAGUAUUAGUGUUGGGUGACUCGGGUUGUGGGAAAUCUUCACUGGUUCAUCUCCUAUGUCAGAACCAGGUUUUAGGAAACCCGUCCUGGACUGUAGGCUGCUCCCUGGACGUUCGGAUUCAUGACUACAAAGAGGGGACCCCAGAAGAGAAAACCUACUACAUUGAGCUUUGGGAUGUGGGAGGCUCGGUGGGCUGUGUUAGCAGUAUCAAGAGCACCCGAGCAGUCUUCUACAAUUCAGUUAAUGUAUGUUUUCCCUCAGGUAUUAUUUUAGUACACGACUUGACCAACAAGAAAUCCUCCCAGAACCUCUACCGAUGGUCACUGGAGGCCCUUAACAAGGACUCCUCACCUACAGGGGUCAUCGUCUCUAACGGCAGUGAUUAUGACCGCGAGCAGUUUGCUGAGAACCCAGUGCCUCUGCUGCUGAUCGGCACCAAGUUUGACCAGAUCCCGGAGAACAAGCGCAGCGACGUCUUGAACCGGACCGCCUUCUUGUCUGAGGACUUCAACGCAGAAGAGAUCAACCUGGACUGCACCAACCCGCGGUACCUUGCUGCUGGCACGUCCAACGCUGUCAAGCUAAGCCGGUUCUUCGACAAGGUGGUUGAGAAGAGAUACUUUACAAGAGACCCGAGUCAGAUGGCAGGUUUUACAGACCGGAAACGUUUUAACUUUAAAAGCCUGCACUAUGACUGACAUGGCACUUCUACAGCCUCCCGGCAGACUGUUCAGGGGGUUUUCGUCUAGCGGUGAAAGUUGAAAGGUUUAGCUUGGUCCACCAGAACACAUGAAUGUGCAACCACAAACUGGUGUCCAAACUCCAUUGCUUGUAAAUAUAUAACUGAAACUAUCACAAUGGUGUAUAGAGUUCAUAGUUGGUAAAAUGAAUAGCAAGUUAAUGACUGAUGUUUUCAAUAAAGAUUGUCUAAUUUGAUUGUGUUUAUAUCACCAAUGUAUGAUGACUCAAAGGUGUUUCCACACAGGGGUCACCAACACAAGGCCUCAGAGACCUCAUGAAGUAGCCAGGUCAUAGUAGUCACAGUAUAUUGUUACCAAUGUAGACCAAUCAGCAGUGGUCGUUUUAGGCUGUCCAGUUAUACUGUACUGCUAUUUCUAACCUAGGGUGCCUAGUGUAAAGGAGCAGUUACUCAUGAAAACGUGGACACUUGGGGUCGUCAAAUCCACAGUAAAAGGGGUAAAAUGAAAAGCAAGUCAAUGAACAAUUGAAUUUACACGCUAGCAAUAAUUAAAAAGAAAUGCAGGGAUACUGUUCAAAAGGUUAAGGUGGAUGACCUAGUCCCUUUUUUCAUCACCCUCUUAAUCCACUGCAUAAAGGAUGGGAUCUUCAUGAAGACUUGUGGAUACACAUGGGCUGUGUCACAUUUAACCUCGAAAUGAAGUGAUACUUUUUGCAUUAAAGAUUAAUGUUACACCAUGA